CCCCUCUGGGGCCGCACUCUUCCCUUCGGAUCCCUCUGCCAUGACCCUGUUUGCAGUGAUGCUCGCAGGGCAGGCACCUGCUGCUCUAUAAUGAUUCAGCCUCUUCCAGCCGUCGCGUUAACACAACAGGAUGCUGUUGCUACUGGCCCUGCUGCCUCUCUUCCCGCCGCCGCCGCCGCCGCCACCGCUGGUCCUGCUUUUGCUUUUACUUCUCCUGCAUGACAGUUGCUUUCUCCAUCUAAGCAGACAGCAGCUUCAGAUGCUCGAGGUGAGAAACAUGCCUUUCAGUUUGGGCUACUGGUUUACCUAAUUGAC